GAAUGAGUUGGAUAGGGGGUUGGAGGGGAUGCUGACGGGGGAGAAGGCGGAGACGGUUAAGAUUGUUAGACAUGCUGUGGAGAAGAAGGAGGAAGUUUCUGUGCCGGUGCCAGCACCGCCGCCGAAGCAGCAGCAGCAGCAAAGCGUAAGGAGCAACAUUGUCGUCCCCGUACCCGUCACACACUCCCCAGAAGCCAAAGCUCGAGCGAAAGCGACAAGAGACGCAGAGGUCCGCCAGCUCGAAACGCGGCUCGGUCGACUCCCUCAAUUCUCGAAGUCCCGCGAUGGGAUCGAGUUCGUGGUGCCGAUCCAGCCAGCCAAAAAAGCCGCGCUGCCGCUUGAACUCCAGGCUGUGAAGACGGUGCGGUUGAUUGUGCCGGAGCUGUACGACCUCCAGCCUUGUCGGGUGAAGCUUGUGGGGGUCAGUGGGGAGGGCGUUGGGAAUGUUGAGAGGGGUUUUGCGGAGAGGGCAGCUGGGGGACAGAAGGAGGCGAGUUCGUCACUGCUGGGCCAGUUGAAUUAUCUGGCGCAGAAUAUGCACGUCAUGGCGAAGGCGAGUAAGGUGGAAGUGAAGCCUACGACUACGCCUGCGGCAACAUCACAGGUAGCGAAGAUAGUGGAGGAGAAACCGCAAGUCGAAACGAAGCAGAGUACACAGGUCCCUGGAGACAGUCUGGAUAGACCACACGUCGUCACGAUACCGCGACCGCCGGAAUGGCGCACGCCUGGAGAAAACGACGAGUCUGAGUCUGAAUCUUCCUCUUCCAGCGACGAAGCCUCGUCAGACGAAGCAAAUGACCCUCACUCCUCAGAAACCGCCUCAGCGCCGCAAGCAGGUACCACCAGCGUGGAGAAGGGCAUACUAAUGUCCUUCCCGCACCUCGAACUCCACGGCGUCGAGCUCCUCGAGAUCGGUGUGCUCAACCUGACGGUCAAGUGCGAUCGCUGCAAGGACGUCAAGGACGUCGGCGGGCUCAGGAACAAUAGCGUCGAGGGGGAGGAUCACACGCGCAGGGACUCGUGCAAGAAGUGUGCUUCGCCGUUUGUUUUGGGCUACCGAGCAGAGUUCCUGCACGCCAACUCCACACGUGCUGGAUAUCUCGACCUUGACGGAUGCACCGUCGUCGACAUGCUGCCGAGUUCGUUCAUACCGACAUGUGCAGAGUGCUCGACGAUGCAUCCUCGAAACGGAGUCACGGCCGUCCGUGGCGAUACGUCAAUGGCGUUCUGUCGGGAGUGCCAUCGGAAGAUGACUUUUGGUCUACCGGAGAUUAAGUUCCUUAGGGUGAGCGCUAGGACAGAACGCGCAAGCCACGCGCCGGUGCGGAAGAAGCGCGCGGAAAACCUGGGCAUCGUCGCCGGACAGGAAUUGCCCAAUCGCGGCCGCUGCACGCACUACAGGAAGAGCUAUCGCUGGUUUAGAUUCUCGUGCUGUAGCAAGGUGUUCCCUUGCGAUAGGUGUCACGAUCAAACUGCGGACCAUGCUAUCGAGCAUGCGAAUCGUAUGAUAUGUGGUUUCUGUUCGAGAGAACAGAACUACCGGCCCAAUGAUUGCGGCAUAUGCCACGCAUGGCUAACGAUGAAACCCGGCAAAGGGUUCUGGGAGGGCGGUACUGGUACGCGCGAUCGGACUAAGAUGUCGAGGAAAGAUCCAAGGAAGUACAAACGCAUAGGCGGCAGCAGUGCCAAUAAGUCAUAACAUCUUCGGUAUGAACGCCAUCUUUCAUGAUGUGCAUGCGAGUCGACACAACUAUACGAUGACGUACGCCUGUAUCUGUGUCUGCUCCACAAGUACAAUACUUGAUGGUAAGUGUACAGACGUACAGACAGGCAGAUAAUGGAAGCGGAGGGCGUGAAAGAAAUCCAUGAUCAUUAUGAAGAUCGGACCAUAACGAUAUCAGAAGCAGUCACAUUGAUACAGUGCAAUACGUUGCAAGAGCUUCUGCAGUUGAUGUCUGAUUGCUUAUGGUCAUGAUUGUAGUUAUAGCAUAUCAACCACACGAUACAUCUCUAUCAA